AUGGUAACGUAAAAAAAUAUUGUAUAUACAAGGGUUGGAGCAGGGAUUCUUCAUCUGCAACUCCUUCCUAGAUGACUAUGGGGUCCCUUCCAACUUGACAGUUCUACAAUGAGGAACCCGUGGCCGUUCAGACGCUGCAGGCCUGCCAACUCCCAGCAUCCCUGGCCUAUUGGCUGUGCUGGCUGAGGAUGAGGGGAGCUGGAGCCCCUGCAAUAUCUUAUUUCUCAUCCAUAGGCCACACCACGCAGUAUUUCUCAAACUUUGCUGUUGUUAGACUACAACUCCCAUCAUCCCUAGCUAGCAGGACCAGUGGUCAUGGAUGAUGGGAGUUGUGGUACAACAAGGGUCUUCCUUUAAAAAGAAAUGAAGGCUUGGAGUCUGGGACUCGAUGGGCCCCUGGUGGUUUGGGACUCUGGCUGUAUCGAUCGCUUUUGCCAAUGGAACAAAGGGGUCUUGAGGGAUGGAAGGAUACUUGGAGGAUAGGGCACUCAUACUGGGAAAUAUUGUCCUUGGAAACUUCUGGCAUUAUUGCCAGACGUUAGAAAAACUUGUUUCAUGGGGUAUUUUUUUCAGUUAGUUUUUCCUCUUAGUGGUUUUGUCUUCUGGUUCUGUUGCCUUUAUCAUCUUUUCCUGGUGGUUAUUUUGACACCACUGACACAGUUAGGUAAUUUUUAGGCUCUAGGCUUCACGGUCUUACAGCCGCCUUUUGCCCAGGUUGGACUUCACAGAGGACAGCCCUCUGUUUUUGAAGGGCUGUUCGGUCCAAGGCUACUUUAAAAAGCUGUAAGGAAGGAAAUCCACACAAGUCUGAAGCCUUAAUCAGUGUCAUGCAGGCGUCAUGCUUACAAGCUCUUCUUCACAAAUAUAAAAGCUGGAAACUUCAUUUUUAAAGCAAUAGAAUCCUUUGGGAUUCCACACUUGUACCAAUGCGAAGUUCUGUUCUGGUCACAGAAGCGCAAAGUAUAUGCAGCCCCCAGCCCUUUGGUCUUUUUGUUUUUGGGAUUUGCAAAAGGAAGGAUCUGAUGCCAUUUGGCUCUGUCUAGUGGUCUGAACUUAAAUGUUGUUCCCUCUGUCUUUCUUCACCCAUCCCAAAUUAGGAAUUCGGUCACCAGUAUCCUGUCGCUGUGGAAGCCGCUUUGGAGACGACUCCCGGCGCUUGCUUUCUGGCUGUUUCUUGGCCUCCAGAGAGGACCCAGGGCUUGAAAAGAAAGCACAGCUGUGCGCAGAGAAACAGGAGCCAUGACCCCAUCUGGUUCCAUAACGAUAUUUUGGAAUCUGCCGAAAACUGGACUACAAGCUCCUGGAAACAUGGAGAAUGUCAUGAUAUUUUUCUUCUUAAAUUUAUAUUUUUUGGUGCUUCCCUCCCCCUCCCUCCCCUUUCUUCCAGCAUGGGAAAUAGUGAGCCGGUUUUUACAUUUUGUUGACCUGUCUGGCAUUUGUGGGCUUUGGGGGCUGGGGUUGAAGGUGCAGCAGACUCUUGAGACUUAGCGAGCCAAGAAAACAAACCAACCCCUGUGUUUCCCUGUCAAAUUGUACUUGUGGGAGAAAGCUGCUUUUGCAAGCAGGGCCUGAGCCCAAGGUAUACCCAGCUGUAUCAAGCGGUUGUGUUGGAGAUGUAAGGCCAAAGGCAGAGGGGAGCAGAGUGAGGGGUUGGGGAGGGCAGCGAAUGAUGAGCUGAGCUGUGGCUUCCUGCUCCAUAAGGAAGGCUGGGAUGGAGGAGCAAUCAGCCUGUUCAAACAAUGGAAAAUCGCCAUGGCAUUUUAAGGGGUGUUGCUGGGCCUGGCCGGCUGGGCCAGAACGCUGUUGCCUUCCUUCAGAUGAGAAUGGGGUGCGAAUAGCAUUGUGAAGCUUUUCCCCCCACUGCAAGUGCUGUUAGCUGUCUGUCUCUGCCUUUUCCCUUUUCCCUCCCGCCGCUAUUAACAUGGGAGCUCCAAGCUGUUGUGGUUUAUUUCCUUAUAUCAGGUGGAAGUAAGAUGCAAACCUGGGCACCUGAAGCCAGUCUCGGAGCUGCCCAUCUCAACCUGUCACUCCGAAGAUGACCUGCUGGAUAAGUCAGACUUGGCCCAAAGGAAAUGCCUCCUUGAAUCUUCUUAAUGUGCGGAAGGGAAAUCUUCGAAGCACCUUAGCCCCAGGCUCCGCUGUGUGAGUGGGAAGGAGAGAACGAAAGUCUGGAGUGAGCUUUCCAUGGUUUCCCGUCCAAGGAAGACGGAUAUUCUCAUCUUCUAGCCCUAGUGGGAAACUUGCUAAAUACAGAGAAAUAUUGUCUGUUGUCUUAAUGGUUCACCCCAGCAAGGAGUGGGAUUUUUUAAAAAAUUAUUUACCAUAGCAAACCAGCUCACAUCUGUUCAGAAAUGAUUUUGACAUCCGAAAGGUGCAUUUUCUGUGUGGGUUUGAUAAAUCCUCUUUCCAUGUCCAGCUAAAGGUACUUGACAUAAUUUCUUGGUGAUUUUUUUUUAAGCUGUGAUACCUUAAUUUAUUAUUGUUGUUACUAUUAUGUUGUAAAGCUUGCUCCAUAUUCUGUGAAAAAAGAGUUUUACCUAGGCUCCAGCCUCCACUUCCGGAAGUCUACACGCUACACACUGGAUAUAGCAAACUGAGGUUUCAUAGUCAUUGAGACUUUGGAAUAUUCUUAAGAAGAACUAGAGGAUGGCUAGUAGAUUGUCUUCUAAAAGCUGAACCAUGAAAGAUCGCCUCUGUUAAAAACAAAAACCCAGGGGCUUCUAAGGAAAGCGGACCUCUCUUCUUUCCAUUCAUACUUGGUGCGUUUUGAGGUGGGCUCCAAAAUUUAGUUCCUCGCAACUUCUUGUGCUGGAGCUCCCAAAACAAACACACGCCCUUGGAUCUCGUUCUCCUGCUUUGCUCUUCAAGUGGCUCUUGAUUGACUGCCUGGGCAUCCAUGUUUGCUCUGCCCCCAAAGAAGGCUCUCUGUCGCCCAUCUUUGCACGUUUGCGAUCUAAGGGAACUGAAGAUGCAUUGAGCGGUGGAACCGGUGCCCCUUCCCUGGAGGUCUGUUGUCUUGCAACACACGGUUCCUACAGCAGCCGAGACAACUUUGUGUAGACAUGAGCCAAUGAAGGUGUUGGGUGUGCCCUGCGAUAAGAGAUGGGAAAGCUAUAAGUUCCUGGAACUCUUCCCCUUGACUUGUUCCUGAUAACACUGGGGAGAGGUGAGAAGAAGGACCUCGCCCUCUGCUGCAAUACAUGUGGCCAUGUUGCUUUUGGAGUUGUGCCAUUAUUUGUGGCAGCAAAUAAUGCAACGCUGGGGGAAAAGAAGGCUUGCUGACGUGCAACUACUGAACACUUUCCAUGCCAGGAAUGAACAUAAAUGAACCAGAUGGCCCUUCUGCGUUUGCAUUUGGAUAUAGAAUGAUGCACUGGAAAGACAAUCCAUUUUGUUCUAAUGUGCUCGUAGAGCUUGUGUGUGUGCGUUGCUGCAAAGGAGGACUUUAAAAAGGUGCUGGAAUUAAGUUUCAACUACCAAAAGGAGAUUGAAGAUUCUGCUCCUGUCUGCAAAAGAAUGCUGUCGCUGCCUCUCUAGUGAAUAAUGCAAAGGCCUGGGGCUGCAUUGUAGGCUGUCUAAAGUUUUCGUGGUUUCCCAGCUCAUCGUAUCUGCUCUCCUCAAUUAAAAUGGCACACUUCCUGAUCUUUGGUGGACUUGGAGAGUUUUUUCCUCUCUCUCUCUCCCCGCACCCCCCUGCCUUGUUUCCCACCACCCCCUUGAAAAAUAUUUGGUUCAAGGAAGAAGAAGAGACCAAAAGGUCUCACAAACCUGCCGCCUCCAAUGGUGCUGGGUGGAAACGUUUCUUAAAAUCCUGUUCAAACACGCACAAACCGUAACCCAGUGCCGGAAGCCUGCUAUCUCCUCGGAGCCUCCCGCCAUUUUGUGGAACUUGGAACACCUCUAGAACUCUGCUGACUGACUGCUAAAAGUAGCAAAGGCCAAUCACGUGUAAAUAACUUGCAGGGAGUCCUGUGGCUUCCCUUGGCCGCUGUUGCGUCCAUCUUAGUCCACUGCUGUAAUGGUUUUCCUGUGAAAGGAACCUCUCUUUUUUAAAAUCUCUCUUCCCCUCCUCCACCCAUUUGGUUUAAAUUCUUCCCUUGUUGGGGCUGCUUUUGAUGAGUUUUCUAUUUUUGGGAAAUGUGUGAGUCGUCGUGGAUGAGUGUCGGGCAGCGAGAAUUGAAUUCUGCACUGUAGCUUUCUGUCGUCUGUGCUCCUGACUGAAUGGUUGCUUUGGUGUGUUUCUGACGGAACGUCUCAUUUUUCCAUUCUUUUGUAAUAGCAGAAGGGGAAUGCGUGGGAUGAAAAAACUGUUACAUCUGGAACAAGCUGGAGUGUGUUUUUGGCUUUGCUCUCUGUCUUAGAAUCAUUCACCCCUUUUAAAAAAUAUAUUUAUUUUUAUUUAUUUGUUGUGUUCAGGUUGGACCUGGGAGUUUCUUGGUGUAUCGCCUCCGUGUGAGGCAGCCUUUGGACAACCUGAUGCCAUCCACAUGUUUGAGACUACAGCUCCCAUCAGCGAUAGCUGGGGCUGAUGGGACUUGUAGUCCAGGGUGUCGGGGGGGGGCACCAGGUUGGUGCAGGCUGCUAUAAGGUCUGCAUUAUAUUCCUUACUUAAGUUAAUUUACAGCUUCUUCCUCCCAGCAUGUGGAACUAGGAAGUACACUGUGGGUACUUUUCUCACCCUUCUGGUCAGUGAUGCCUCUUGAUAAAAUUUAGAAUUUGGAGUGGGGGGUGGCAGGCUUAUCAAUCCGUGCUUACUUUGGCUGUGUGGAAGAACACUAUGCCCAUAGGUUUUUGAUGUUAGUCAUGGGAUGAGAGCCAGUGUGGUAUAGUGGUUAAGAGCGGUAGACUCGUAAUCUGGGGAACCGGGUUCGCGUCUCUGCUCCUCCACAUGCAGCUGCUGGGUGACCUUGGGCUAGUCACACUUCUCUGAAGUCUCUCAGCCUCACUCACCUCACAGAGUGUUUGUUGUGGGGGAGGAAGGGAAAGGAGAAUGUUAGCCGCUUUGAGACUCCUCAGGGUAGUGAUAAAGCGGGAUAUCAAAUCCAAACUCUUCUUCUUCUUCUUCUUCUUCUUCUUCUUCUUCUGGGUGAGGGAACCUUAAACAGAGGACCACAUUCCUUUCUGGGCAACCCUGUGAGGGCCACAUCCCGGCGGGGGGGCGGGCCAGAGACAAAAAAUGUCAAUUUUAGCUUUGUGCACUAGGCUGGUUUUCUACACAUACUCAAGCUCCCCCUCUCUACCCACUAUUCAGACAAACAAGAGGCUUCAAGAGCACACAAUCCAGUCCAAUGCUUGGGCUGUGAAGCUGGUCUAGUGAGAGGCUGUAGACUUGGGAGUCUGGAGGGCCAGGUGGAGAGGGCAGGAUUCAUCCAUCCCUGGUAUGUCCUCAGUACAUUCGUACCUUGGAUCUCAAACGCCUUGGCUCCUGAACAAAUCAGCUCCCAAGUGCUGCAAACCCGGAAAUGAGUGUUCCGGUUUUCAAACGGUUUUUGGAAGCCGAAUGUCCAGCACGGCUUCUGAUUGGCUGCAGGACCUUCCUGCAGCCAAUCGGAAGCCGCGCUUUGGUUUCAUAACAUUUUGGAAGUCAAACGGGACUGUACAUCCAAAAUGCAAUGGAUUCAAAAUGUUACUCACUCUUACUGUCUCCCCCUGGUUUUUUUUUUUUGUUGGUUUUUUUUACUGUGGCAUAAGUGCUGCUCUGGCCCACAAACAACCCAAGUUUAGAUGCCUUCAAUAAUAAUAAUAAUAAUAAUAAUAAUAAUAAUAAUAAAGAUGAUGCUUUGGUUCUUCAAGUUUUAGGGUUUCACAGAUUUCUGCAUUGUGGAAAUAAUGCACGUGCGACCACCUUCGCCCUGGGUCAGUGGUGCAAGUUUUUCCUUCUGCACUCAGAUGAACAUAGAAAGUCCAAGGCUAGUUAGAUACAAGUCUUUUGGGCCUGUGUGUUUGGAUAGAAGUGCAUUUUGUUGUGUUCCUCCUUGACCCGCUUGCAAGGUACAUCGCUGUUCCCAUUUGUCAGAUAGGAAGCUGAGGUGUGAUUAAAGAUUUGCCCAAGACUACGCAAGUCUGUGGUGGGUUUCAAAACACCAUUCACAGUCCAGCUGUCAAUAGGCCAGGGUUGAGCUUUUUUUUAGGAAGACACCAAAACUGUUGAACUUUAUUAUUAUUAUUAUUACAAAAACGCCCCCCUCAAAAAAAAAGCUGUGUGUCAGCUGCCAUCAACUACUUCGCCAUAGUAGAGAUUUUCCCUCUUGCAAAUAUGGCUUUAGUUUUGACCUUGAUGGUGUCACAAAAGCUGUGGAUUCCUGCCCCCUCCAAACUUUGAAGUCUCAGCUGCUUCACCUAGUUCCAUCCCAUGCAACUUCUAACCUGCACUUCCUAGCGCCUGCAAGUUGAGUGCACCAUAUAGGUUGUGUGUAUAGGGGCGGCCUUCUGGACCUUGGGCAAUCCUCAUAUUCUUUUGCGAGCCCAGGAAGAGACAGCAUAACUCAAAUCAGUUCUCUUGGCUGGCUGUAAUUCUGGAUCGAUCACUCGAUCAGCUUGCGGCAUUGGAAGCUGUACGGAACUAGAAGCUCUUCACAAGUCUUACGGAGAGGUGAAAUGGAUUAGCCCAGAAAUUGGCCUUGUCAAUUUCACUUCUUGGCAACAGCCCCAUGAGCUCGUUUGGAUAGCCACCUAUCCUUUCAAGAACGAACGCUUUUGAAGGGACCGCAAAAUUACUCUAGGCUUGUAAAAUUACUAGUGUUAUGAGCUGCUGGGACAGUUCAAAAAGGCAGGGCAGAACGGGGGAUGCCUCUUGUAGUUUUUCCAUUGCCCAUGGUAAAAUGGUACUAAAAAGCCCUACUAAAAACCCCGCUUGAUCAGAGAAGGUUUGUGGGAAAUGCAAAAGUGAACGUGUAUGCUUUUGUAAUAACACUGGAAAGCCAGCAUUUGUGUACAACUUGAAACCUUGCGUAUUCCUCCAGCAACGUUGAUUCAGUAAGAUUCCACCUGACUGCACUGAAAAGGUUUUUGUUUUUUUUUUUGUUAGCUAUUUUGCUAAACUCCCAAGUUUGCGCUCUGUGUGUGUGAGUGUGUGUGUUUAAUUUAUUGAAAUAGCUGCUGUAAUUUAUUUUCGAAACUAUACAAAAUGUUUUUAAAAAAACAAAAACCAACCAGACUUGCGGGCCAAUCUUAAAUGUGUGGGACGGGGAGGGGGAGAUGCUUUUAUAUGAAGAUAAAUGCACUUUGGGUGUGUUUAAGACAUCUUUUGGGAGGGGUUAGACUGUUCUGAGGACUGGGAUUUGAAUGGCCUUGUCUGUAUAUAUUGUAUCAAUAGGCACGUUUUUGGUUUUUCAUGUGGAUACAUUUGUAACUGCUGCAGGUGCUGUCUGGAAAACGGAUGUACUGAAUAAUUUUGCCCCAAAGUUGGGGUGGGGGAAUCCUCCCUCCCCCCUUUCCUUUAUUGGGUAAAUUUUGUCAACCAUGGGAGAGAACUUUGCCUCUCCUGUUUGUAUCUCAUUUCUAUUGUGGGGUUGGUUUUUUUUGUUUUGGUUUUUUUGGGGUCCCCCCCUUCUGCCUAUGGGUGGUUGUUUGACAGGGGGUGGGGAGCGGGGUUUGAAAUAAAAUACUUAAAUGGUCCCUUAUGUGCUCUUGUCUUAUUUUGCAGGGGUUGGAAAAUUCACUUGGAUUGUUCAAACUUGCCCUCUUAAUUUUUCAAGUAUUUGGAAGUUCUUCACUUUCUCCAAAAUGCUUACAACAGUCUAGUAAGGUAGGCCACUAGAAAUGGGAGCAUUUUCAGUUCAGGGGCCACAUUCCUUCAUGAGGAAACUUCUGGGGGCCACAUGCCGGGGGGGGCAGAACCAGAAAGAAGCAAAAAUGGGUGCAGAGCAAGUAAAGUGAAAGUUGUCCUUUUGGACAGUAUUCCCCCCCCCACAAUUUAUUUAAAAAGCAUUUCUAAGCCACUUAUCAAAAUAUUCUCUUAAGCCGUGUGCAACAUACAAACGUAAAAAAAAUCAAUAUUAAAAAUCAACACCAUAAAAUCACAGGGCACAGAGUCCAGCAUUAAUAUUAAUUUUUAUUUAAAAGCAUUUCUAAGCUAUAUUCUAGCCAUGCAAAGGGCAGAAGUUUCUCUUAUCAGUGGUGAUCUAUUUUGAAAGCUGUCCAAUCUCGUUUUACGCAUAAUCUUGUGUUGAUCUUGUUGGGAUUUUCUUGAAUUAUGCGUAGCAUAAGAAAAAGGGGAAUGGAAACAUGAGAAGCUCGUGACGUUAGCUGAGGCUUGGCCAUUCCUGAACAUUUUGCUACCUUGUUUGUUGAAAAUGUGUUAUUUUAAGAAAAUGUGUUAUUUUUAGAACCCACCAUAUUUUUGUGAUUUCAAGUUGUUUAAAACAGUUUUUGAUAUAAUAAUAAUUUAUUAUUUGUAGCCCGUCCAUCUGACUGGGUAGCUUCCAGCAUAUAUAAAAACAUAGUAAAACCUUAAACCUUAAAAAGCUUCCCUAUACAGGGUUGCCUUCAGAUUUUUCCUAAAUGUUAUAUAACUACUCAUCUCCUUAACAUCUGAUGGGAGGGCAUUCCAUAGGGUGGGUGCCCCUACUGAGAAGGCCCUCUGCCUGGUAUCGGGUUUUUGUGGUGUAACCCACCCUGGGACCUUAAGUUGUAGGGCAGGUAAUUAUUAUUGUUAUUAUUAUUAAUAAUAAUAUUUAUUAAAGAUAAAUGAAUUAUAAAGCAAAAGAAGAAAAGGGGAGAGUAAACUUGUUGAAUAUUAUUAUUCAACAACUGUAGUCUAUAAUGAAAUAAUAAUAUAAAGAAAUAAAAAUAAUUUAAAUAGAAGGGAAUAAAGUGAAAAUAAAUGGAUGAAAUAUGCCCUUAGCCCAGGUCCUGUCCUCUUCUGGCAGAAACUCAGCCACUUCUGGUUUGGCUCUACCCAUUGCUGGCAUCAUAUUCCCUACCUCUGCUCCAAAAUUCCUGAUAUAAAUAAGGGAUGUAUUCAAGCUAAUGCAACUUGGGAGCAAGCCUAGAUUUGAAAUGUCGAUUGUAUUAGCGGCAGAAGUCUGUACCCUUCUAGGCAAAGCAAUGGAUGAAAUACGUGGAGCUAGACUGCUUCUGAGCAUAUGCAGAGUAUGUUUCCAGUGUAGUGACUGCAACAGCCCUCACAUAGCUGAAAGCAAACACUGGGAAUCAGGUCUCGCAGGCCCAAGCAGCUGCAGUUUCUCCCCAAGGAAACCCUAAAAAUAAAAAUCCAGGAACCUGGUGACUAUUUUUAGAAAGUACAGAUCAGUGUGUAGGACUCAUUUUCAAGCAAAGUUUGUGUGUCAAAGCUCUGGAUUGGCUGCAUGGCCUGGGCAUCAGAGAGGACAUUUCCAGCCCUACCUGGUGAAUGAACCUGGAAAAAUAAAAUAAAAAGGUAUUUUGAACUGCUGUUUCCACGAUGCUGAUUGCCCAACACUUCAGGUAGUAAGAAAAAUCAGAGUUAAAAAUCUAAAAACUCCAAUGUAGAUAGGGGUGGAAUCUACACAUAAAAUCUGAAAAUGCUUUUAAAAAAUAAAAAGUUUUGAAAAAUACAUUGAAUUUGGCGUAGUUCACUGUCGCCAUCUAGUGUCACAUUAGUAUAUUUACAACACACUUGAAAUGAUUUAUUUGCAGAUGUAUAGCUGAGUCCUAGGUAAGUUCUCUAAGGCUUGUUGGAAGAAGGUGGUCUUCAAGUGGGUGCCAGGCAGACACCAAAAGGGUAAGUGCCGCAACACAAAAAGCCUGAUUCCUAUAUCCUAAUGAACUGACCUCCUGAUAAGAUGGCACCUGCAGGAGGCCGUCUCUUGCAGAGCACUGUGUGUAGUGGUUCUAGGGGUUGCUCGUGCGUAAGCCUGGCUAGGUUGCCUGAGUGAACCUUUUCGGUCCGGACAGCCAUUCACCCGUGGCUGUCUCAAUCACUGGCAGAAUCCGUCAGUGGGCGUUUCUUAAACUUCUUCCAGCAAAGAAGCUCUUUGAUGCCUAGUCUCCUCCUACUCUCUCUGCAUGAAAGCCUUCUGCACAAGGAGGGCGUAGGCAGUGGAGGACCUCUACUCUCCCUGCUGGUCCCCGGCAAGGAGUCAUGGGACCGCCUUGCCGCUUCCCCCAUCUGCCCCCCUUCUCCACUGGUGCUACGCUGAUUCUCUUCCCCAGAAGAUGGGCUGCCUCUCCCAAUCCCGGGACACUCUCUGGAAUCCCUCUGGAUCUUGCUCUCUCCCUCCGGCACUGAUGGCAGUUCCCUGACACCAUGUGACUAAAUGGCUUUAUAACAGAUGAGGCAAUCUUUCAGGUAUCCCGGUCCUGGGGCUGCAUCGUGCUUUAUACAUGGGUCAUUCCAUAUCAAGUGGUCUAAACCACUGAGCCUCUUGGGCUUGCUGGUCGGAAGUGAGCUCCCGUUGCUCUGUCCCAGCUCCUGCCAACCUAGCAGUUUGAAAGCACGCCAGUGCAAUUAGAUAAAUAGGUACCGCUGUGGUGGGAAGGUACACGGCUUUUCCGUGUGCUCUGGUUUCCGUCACGGUGUUCAGUUGCUCCAGAAGCAGUUUAGUCAUGCUGACCAUAUGACCCGGAAUCAAUAAACACACAAGACGUAACUGGCUGCACAUUUGAUUAAAUAAGGAAUACUAUUCAUUGUAUCAAAUUGUAGAUUUCAACGGAAGUCUCAUAAAGUUCAGCAAAAACAGCAGAAGACCAGUGGAUCAGUUCAUUCUCUAGUCAGUUCAUGCAUAAGGUCCAUGCAUGUAUAAGUGUCUAUUCUACCUGUCUGUUUAUAGAGUCCAAUAAUCCACAUGAAGGGUUGUUAGACAAGGAUUUCCGGAAUAUUAGCCUUGUUUCGCCAUCCUAGGCUACAGCAGUAGAAGAGGCUCUAGGUAAUGCAAAUAAAUACAAUAUAAUAAUCUCACACAUUUUAACAGCAAAAUUAAUAUAAAAAACCAUAAACAACUGUACAUACCAUAUGUAAUAUUACAGGAUAGUGGCUCUUAUAAGAUCCACUAUCUACUGAUGAAGUAUACCUGAAGGAGCGUCUCCACCCCCAUCGUUCAGCCCUGACAUAGACACUGAGGUCUGGCUCCGAGGGCCUUCUGGCAGUUCCCUCCCUGCGAGAAGCAAAGUUACAGGGAACCAGGCAGAGGGUCUUCUUGGUAGCGGCGCCUGCCCUAUGGAAUGCCCUAUCAGAUGUCAAAGAGAAAAACAACUACCAGACUUUUAGAAGACAUCUGAAGGCAGCCCUGUUUAGGGAAGCUUUUAAUGUUUGAUGGACUACUGUAUUUUAAUAUUUUUGUUGGAAGCUGCCCAGAGUGGCUGGGGAAACUCAGCCAGAUGGGCAGGGUAUAAAUAAAUUAUUAUUAAUAAUAAUAUUUAUUACUAUUACUAUUAUUAUUAUUAUUAUUAAUCAGUUGAAAGUUAUUCAGUUUAAAGGUUUCUGAAAAGCUAGUCAGACUUUUAUUUUAAAAAUGUGUUCCAAAGCAGAUUGAUAGCUUGCUGUUCCCUAAUAGAAUCAACGCUUUGAAAUGAUUCUUGUUGGAUCACUUGAUACCCACACCAAAACCUAUCGCCUUGCCUUUUGCCUGGUAGCUAACUGACAGCUGGCGCAACUCAUUAGCAGUGCCAUGACAUAGUUGGCAUUAUCCUGCUCCAGUUCUUGUGUGCAUCUUAAAAGAUGCCUUAUAGUACUCAUUUUGACAUGGUGGUAUAUUUAUCAAUUGGUUUAUUUUGGAGCCAAGAACUGUUUUUAUUUUUAUUUUGUAAGAUAUUUAUUAAGAUUUUCAGAGUAUUACAAAACAAAAAGAAAAAGAAAAAAGAGAAAAUACAAAGUAAAAAUAGUUAAAAACAAUUCAUUCCUUCCAUUGCUUAGCCUUCAUUUGCUUAUUUCCAGGACCUCCUCACACCUCCCUUUUUUGUAUUCCAGUUCAGUUAUUAGUUCAACAAAUCCCUCCCCUCUUUAUGUAUCCUAAUCAUUAAUCAUAAAAUAUUGUAAUUUUAGAUUUUUACCUAUUAAUAAACCAUUUUUUCAUAUUCCCUUAUAACAUUUCGGCUAAAGACCACUUAGUUUCUAUCCAACCAAGAACUGUUUUUAAACGUUGAGAAGUGUGAAUUUUCUGCACAAUAGUUAAGGAAGUGCAAACUGGGAAAAUAAGGACCAGACUAAAUCAACCAUGGAGAUGGAAAGGAAACCUUGCUACUAUGCCUUCAAGUCUUUGGUUUUUUCCCCCUCCACAUUUUUGGGGGUGCUUAAUCCUGGCUUUGAGAACAGCUUCCAGAAUUGUAGCCACCUGUUCACACUUUGCCCAGCACCUGUUAACUCUUUUGUCUGACCGUUUUCAUAUUUUUCUAUUGAGCAAAGUCGUCUGGGCACGUAUCAAAACAAUAAAUGAUGGCAGGGAUUUUUUUAGCAGCACAAAACCCACUGGAGAGAGAUGGUUUUGUGCAUGUGCCAUCUGUCCUUGUGGACUGGCAUUUUGCUCUCCUAAAAUCAUGCCCUGAAAAGCUCCAUUUGAUGAUUGCUGCAAAUCAAACCUUUGCAAAUGAGGCAAAGGUUUUUUUGACAGCCCUCUCUAAUUGGUGGCAGGGUGGAACUGACUCUGAAAUCCAUUUACAGUGAGUUGAUCCUUCAGUGUGCAGAUGAACACAAAGGUGCUGCAAAGUCCAGAGUUCCUUAUUUACUGUUGACGAGUUUGCUAAGAUCCUUGCCAGAAUUUUGCUGGCCGCAGCUAAUAAAGAGAUGCCUCGAUAGUUUCCGCAAUCAGUUCUAAAGAAGUAUAAAGACGCUCUCAAGGCAAAUCUUUAAAAAAUGUAAAAACACUGACAAUUGGGAAACACUGGCCUGCGAGCGCUCCAACUGGAGAACAGCCUUUACCAAAAGUGUUGUGGACUUUGAAGACAAUUGAACUCCUGAUGAAAGGGAGAAACGUGCUAAGAGGAAGGCACGUUUGGCAAACCCUCACCGUGAUCAACUCCCGCCCAGAAACCUAUGACCCCACUGUGGAAUCCAGACAUGUGGAUCCAGAAUUGGACUCCACAGUCGCUCACUGACUCGCUGUUAAGACCCUGCUCAUGGAAGACGAUCUUACUCGGCUACAAGUAAUCGCCAAAGAAGAAAGAAGACUUCCUGUUGAGUACCCAGAACUAGUUUCAAAGCCCCCCAAUCUCUGUGUAUGUGGUUUUUAAAAGCCCACCCCCAAGCUGUAAAUAAGCUUAAAGAAAGAUGGAAGUUUUCUUACGUGGCCAUGUCCAAUCACACAGAUAGUUUUCUCUGGACUAGGAAGGCACGUCACCGAAGAAAAAUAGAUGAGCUACGCAGAGCUGGCUAAAUUGAUAUACAAAUUGCGGAACAAGGACAACUGUGACUUCAACGAAGAGUGGGAGCUUUUCACAAUUUAUCUAAAAAGACAACAAAAUGAAUGGGACUCCUUGGCAGGUUUUGAAUAAACAUACACAAAUUUAUUAGUUGGUAACAUGGUAGGUAGAUAAUGUAAGGAUAUGUAUAAUUUUAUAACAUGCAGAGAAUAAUAUGUGCUGAGAAAUCAGAGAGGAGCUUAGGGAAGUCUCAGGGGGAGGGUUUGAGGGGGAAAAUAAUGAAUAUGAUAUGUUUCAAUAAUUUGUUAUGUUGAAAUUGUUAAUAAAAACUUCUUUAAGGGGGGGGGAGGAAGGCAUGUCAGCGGAGUUGCUUAGCUCAGUUGGUUAGAGUGUGGUGCUGAUAAAGCCAAGGUUGCAGGUUCGAUCCCUGUAUGGGACAGCUGCAUAUUCCAGCAUUGCAGGGGGUUGGACUAGAUGAUCCUCGAGGUCCCUUCCAACUCUACAAUUCUAUGUGUAAAGCAAUCCAUGCAGUCACGAGGAGAUUUCUCUUGUGCUGUUUUGCCACCUUGUGUCCAGUGUAUGACAUUGCAAGGAUGGGACUCCUGGUUAUGCUAACAAUCAUGAAAUGUAUUAGGCACAAUACCUCUCAUAGCGUUGAGGGGACUUCAAAGGUUGUCUGGUCCAAAUACUGUCCCCCCCCCCCCAAACCCAUGCAUGAAAUCUGAGGCUACAGCAUCCUUCAUGAGUGGCUAUUCAUCCUCUGCUUAAAACUCUCAUAUGAUUCCACCACAUUUCAAAUAGGUUGGUUGCCCUGACAGACAGCUCGUACAAUCUUGGGCUAGAUGAAGCUUAAAUCAGGAUUUAGUUUUUAUUUAUUUUUUAAAAAAGCAGUAGCAGCCUCAUCUCACUACUCAGAAAAUAAGGGAAAUGGAGCUUGGCAAAGUUGUUUAAAUGUUUUCUCCUGUGCCCAUCUUUAAAUCCUAAAAAAAAUAAAAAAUCAAGUUGCAGCGAUAUAUUGUAUAAUGUUUGUGGAAGUGGUACAAUCGCUGUGACAUUGGCAAAGCUGGUGUGAUGGGCAUGGAAUGUUCAUUAGUGUUGCCAUAUUUCAAAAAGUAAAAACCAGGACACCCUGAAAGUUGUUGAAACCAAGGCAGUUUCCUGUGUUCCAGAUUGAUUGGUGGGCCCUUUUAUUUUUCUUCUUGUUACUCUCUAUAACAGCCGAAUUGCAGUUAG